CUAAUAAUGGGCGACUUCAACAUUGAUGCCCUGAAAUCUAAAUCACCUCUUCAAAAACAUCUAAGUAACAGAAACCUCACAAUACUAAACAGAAAGGAACAUACUACUCACAAUAAAACUUGUUUGGACUGGAUUGUAUCAAACUACAAACCUCAACAUGGUCAUUAUGCAUCUUACUUCAGUUAUCAUCAACCAAUUUGGACAAAAAUGGCAUGUUUUAAUAACACAAUUGUAAAUAUUACUUGUAAAGAUUUGAUUUGUUACUAAAAAUUUUUUUCUUUCGUUACAGUGCAUCAACAAGAAUGACUACUAGACAAAAAAAGGUCAACUACAAACAGAUGUUAGAAGGAUCAAGCGAAGAAACUAAUGAGACAAAUCCUGCUGAUACUACGAACACAGCAACUUCUUCAUCAGCAACUGUCAAUGAAACAGUAAACGAAGCAGACAAUAUAUCAGAGACUAACUUGUAUUCUCCCCUACAAUCAGACGAUGAAGAAAGCGAUAACUUCCUUGCUUCACGAUCCCACAAGAAGAUCAAAGAAGAGUUUGAUUCAAAUGAUGACGAAAUCGUCCAACUAUCAUCUGAGGAUUCGGAUGUUGACAUACUGAUCCAGAAAAAAAAAGAUAUCGACAUGCUAAUCAAAAAGAAACUUCAUGAGAGAGGGGAAGCUAUGCUAAAAGAGCUAGACAGGAAAAAGAAGACUUCUCAGAUGUGCAACUUUGAAUCUGACAAUGAAUCAGAACCCCCUGAACCCGCUAAAAUCACGAAAAAGAAACUUCACCAUAAAGAGGAAACUAUGCUUACAAAAUUAGACAAGAAAAAGAAAACUUCUCAGAAGGACAACUUUGAAUCUGACAAUGAUUCUGAAUCUGCUAAAUCCACAAAAAAGAAGCAGAAAACACCAAGCACCAGAAAAAAAGAGGUUGUUACAAAACACAUUUAUUGCAGAAAUUGUGAACAGAUUAAGGCUCUGCAGAAAAAGCUACAGAAAAAAGAUAAGAAAAAUGAGAAGAUUAAGAAAGCUGAUUCAAAAAAGAAAAGGAAGAAGCAUCAGAAGAAAGUACAAACACCUCCACCAUCAUCAAGCUCAGCAGAUAGUAGUUCAUCAGAUGAUUCGACUGAUGAUACUUCAGACACAACGACAACACUUAAACGCAGUCACAGUGACACAAAGGAUGAGAAAACCAAGAAACACAAGCCAUCAAGAUGA